AUCAGUAAAGUGAAGAGCCUGCUACUUGUGAGUUGUGACUGAAGUUCCAUUUCCAAAAUAGACAAAAGACAAGCAGCACCAUAAAAAAGGCGAAUAUCCGUCGCCACGGGUAGCGGACUUUCCAUUGGGAAUCUUAGCCGGAGAUCAGCAAUGUCUACCUCCGGUAAACACGUGUCCUCUUCAUCGACAACCAAACCUUUCGAUUUCUCCAACGAUAUGGUCCCGAAGAGAAUCGUUGUGUCGCCUGAUCAACAACGUUAUUGCUUAGAAGCACUCAAAGUUUUCAAAGACAAGAGGUUUUCUGCUCCUGAAAAAAUCAGACAAGAGUUCAUGACUUUACAGGCAACCAGGAUGAGAGCUUCAGAAAUGAAGAGUAGAUGCUCAGUGGCUUUGAACAGCGUAAACAUUAGCAAAAAUCGAUACACUGAUGUUUUGCCAUUUGACAAUAACAGGGUUGCUUUGGACCCAUCAGCUAGGGGAUAUAUAAAUGCAAGCUUCAUUAAGAUAUCCGAAAGCGUGUCUCAGUUUAUCGCAACACAAGGUCCGCUACCGCAUACUUUUGAAGACUUCUGGGAAAUGAUAAUCCAGCAUCACUGUCCUGUGAUUGUGAUGCUUACACAAUUGGUUGACAAUUAUAAGAUUGUCAAGUGUGGGGAUUAUUUUCAGGCAGAUGAUGGUCCUCGAAUAUUUGGCAAUAUAUGUAUUGUCACGAAGUGGAUAAAGACGAGUCAGACUUCAUUGAUUUUGCGAUGUCUGGAGGUGAACUAUAUUGAGUCAAAAGAACCACCUUUGUGUGUUUUACACAUUCAAUAUCCCGAUUGGCCUGACCAUGGAGUUCCAAAGGACACUGUUGCUGUUCGUGAAAUACUGAAACAAACAUCUAGUGUCCCACCCAGUCUUGGGCCAAUUGUGGUGCACUGCAGUGCAGGUAUUGGUAGGACUGGAACAUACUGUGCAAUCCAUAAUACCAUCCAAAGAAUUCUGGUUGGAGAUAUGUCUGCUCUAGAUCUUGUUAACACGAUAACCAUUUUUAGGUCUCAGCGAAUUGGGAUGGUUCAGACCAUGGAGCAAUACCUCUUUUGCUAUGAUGCCAUUAUCGAUGAACUUGAAGACCUCAUUUCAGAUACUAAUUAAGAAGAGAGUUCAUAAUGUGUUGUAUUCCAACAAUGUCCAUGCAACUGGUUCUUCCUUGCUUCCAUCAUGCCUGUCACAAAAUGGGUCAAUAAUUUGUGCUGGAGAAGUAAAUUAGUUGGGUCCAGUUGAGCUCGUACUGCUCUUACCACGUAGGAUAAGCAGAACGUCUAAAACAUCGUAUGUUGUAUUUCUGCUUCGAAGUAUAUCCUUUUAGAGAGGGAAACAGAAUGGAAUGGUACUUGUGGUUGCUUGUUGACAUCAUUCAAGAUUCUUUGACUAUAUCCUACUUACUGGUUCAAAUGACCGCAUGUUGAUGA